AUGAAAAUCGUACAACGAAAAACGGAUGAGGUAAAAGAGAUACCAAAAGAAGAAACAUUCCCUUCCUAUGCCACAUUGCAAUGGAUAUAUGGAGAUAUAUCGUUGACGCCAGGCAGACGGCCGAUCGUAAGACUCAUGCUAAAUUCUUGGGCGAACGAGCGAUUGCCUUUUAAGCGUCCUCUCGAAGGCUUACCAGAAACUCCAAAGCCAUGUAUUGUGACUCAUGCCGCCAUAGAAGAAGAGGGUAGAAGAAUUGCAAGCGAGUUUCCAAUUUCAGUUAUGCUCAUCGAGCAAAGCUUGAUGGUGGCGGUGAUAGAAUGCGAUGUCAAAACAAUCUUUGAUUUAUCAAUUAAAACAGCAGAAAAUAUUCCCUUGUACUUUCUAUAUGAAUAUGAAACUUAUACAGAUACUCCUCAACGUAAAGGUACAAACUGUGUUGAUUUACUACAUUUUUAUUACACAAUUGAGAAAAUACAGCAGUUCCUAUUAUUGGCAUGGAUGUCAUCUUUGGUCGUAUAUAAUACGGAGGCCGCAGGGACAAUCUGCCCUGAUGAAUGUACUUGUACUAUGACAUUUGAUCUCGAAGAAGGCCAUACAACGCAAGUGGCUUGUCAGCAUGGACACAUGAGGAUAAUCCCGGUCGACUACAUGGACCGUGACGUGCAUGUUGUUAUUAUAGCCGCUCCUCCGGAUCGACCUAACUUUUUAACCAUUGGACCCAUAUUUACUCAACCAGCCCCAUUUGUAAACCUUCGCGAACUUCACAUUGUUAAUUCCAAUGUACCGUCGAUUGGGCAAUUUUCCUUUUGGGGCCUGCAAAAUUUAAGAGUUUUAAAUUUGACACACAACAACCUUACGAGUGUAGUAGCUGAUAAUUUUAGAGGUCUCAUAAAUCUUACUGAACUUCAUCUCGAUCAUAAUCAUAUCGAACAGAUGUCAAGCGAGACUUUCAGACACCUGACCUCAUUAAAAACUCUAAUAUUGGCCAAUAAUCAAAUAUCGACACUCGUGUCGAGGUUGUUUAGAAUGCUGGCGAAGUUGUCUAUUUUGGAUUUGAGUGACAACCCAUUAACUGACUUGAACCCUGAAGUUUUUAAAGAUAUUCAACACUUGCGAAUAUUUAAAUGUAGAAGAUGUUUACUGAGACGCAUAAACACACAAAUUUAUCAUUUAGUACCUAGACUCGAGGAAUUGGAUUUGGGUGAAAAUUUAUUUAAAUACUUAACAUCAGAUGAAUUCAUAAGCUUGAAGCGAUUAAAAAAAUUAAAAUUGGACGGGAAUCAAUUGUCAGUAAUCGUGGACAACAUGUUUGGACGGAACCGGGAACUCCACGUACUAACAUUAUCACGCAACCGUCUAGCCCUCUUGGCGCCAUUGGCCCUCACUAAUCUAACCGCCCUCACACAUUUGGAUAUAAGUCAUAACAAAAUUGACAGGUUCCAUUUGCAAACUUUCGCUCCGGUUGUGGACUCCUUAAAAACAAUAAAUUUCAGUGGAAAUAAUUUACCACUAAACGAAAUUGCUAUCGUAUUACAAAUACUACCAGAGAUUCAUGGAGUAGGCUUAGCCAACUUGUCACUGCAAGAAAUACCUCAAAAUUUCUUUACAUACAACGAGCAUCUCGUGGCUUUGGACUUAUCUUGGAAUAAAUUAUCCAGGUUUCCCUUCAAACUUCUAUCUAAGACAAAGUUUUUACAGCGAUUAGAUAUAUCGCACAACAAGUUACAAACCUUAAGCGAACAGGAUUUGCAAAGAUUGGAAGCUAUAGCUGAAGUAAACUUAAUGAAAAAUAAUUGGCAUUGCGAUCAAUGUUCGGCGAGUAAUAUGCUUUUGUACAUGACCACAACAGUCCUUAACAGUACAAUACGAGUCCUCAAAUGCCACUCCCCGUUAAGAUUGCGAGGCGCAACUUUUGGUAGUCUGAGUUUUGAGCAAUUGGAUCCAUGUCCGACGACACAUGAAGCACAAAUGAGUGUCAUUGCGGGAUUAAUGCUGUUAUGUGUAGCUGUCCUCUCAGCAGUAGCUGCGGCGCUUUGCUGUACACGACGUCGCGCCGCCCAAUACUAUACCAAUGAAGAAAAGCGUAGAGAACACGAUCAUGAACAUCCAGAAGAACUGCUUGGACAUACGGAACUUGGCAGCGUCGCUACUAUCCACGCGCCGUACCAACUCGUCUCUAAGGACAGCUAACAACGCGCCUUGUCGCCGCCGGCGUCGCAACCAGAUUUGCAUGAGUUGCUCGAUCCCCCUGCUCCGUUCGCCUCAGCUUCGUCUCCGACUUUUGAAUCGACAUCGCUGCACUAUUUAUCUACGCGUAUUGAACCACCGACUCUUUUUAAUGAUAUGAACGAUAUUUGAUACGAGUAU